CUCCACCCCCACAGCCCCUGGGUCCCUCCUGGGCACCACCUGCUUGGCUUCCCACCCCACUGCUGACAGGGGUGGGGAUGGGUGCACCCAUCCUUCCUCGGUGCUCUCCCGCAGCUCUGUGCUUCCGGGCAGGAGCGGGCAGGUGCCUGAUAUUUUUUCUCUCUGCAUUUCCUGGUCGGAGGCAGGGCAGGCUGGGUGGUCCCGAGCUCCGACGACACCGACAGCUCCUCUCGGUGCCCAGGUGUCCACAGGAGCUGCUGCGAUGGAGCUGGGGAACAUCUGGAAGCCCACGUACGGCCCUGGCCUCGAGGCGCCGGGGAGCAGCACGCCGGGGCUGGUGGCGAUGGCACACGGCUUCCUGCGGCUGGUGCAGCCCAACGCCCUGCCCACAGAGCUGAUUAAUUUUGAGCAGUCCCAGAGUGGGUUCAGCCAAGAUAACAUCAAUGAGCUGCUGCUCUAUGAACGGGGUUUCCUGGUCUGCGUGGCCAUUGGAGUCCUCCUCAUCAUCCUGGUGCCGCUGGUGGGAUGCUGCUUCUGCUGCUGCCGCUGCUGCGGGAACUGCGGGGGCCGCAUGUACCAGAAGCAGCGCCGGCGGAUGCGCUGCCGGCGCCGGGCGCUCUGGGCCUCCGUCCUGCUGCUCUCCGCUUUCCUCCUGGCUGGUGGUGUCUGUGCCCUCAUCAGCAACACCCGCUUCUCCCAGGCUGUGAAGAGCACCUUCCCCAAUGUGAACAACACUCUGGACAACAUCCACACCUACCUGGCCUCCAUCCCCCAGCAAGUUGAUUUUGUCAUCGACAAGAGCGAUGUCCCACUGAACUAUGCCAACCACAGCCUGCAGGACAUUGGGCCCAAACUGGGCAAUAUGAUCACCUCCCACAUCAGGAGCAGCACAGAUGGGGCUCUGGGAUCUCUCCAGAGCCUCUUGCAAGGGAUGGAGACACUGAACGGCACCUUUGCCAACAUUGCCAUCGGCCGCUCAGACCUCGAGGAGCUGCAGAGCAACUACAGCCAGGGGCUGGUCAGCCUGAGGGACAGGCUCAAUGGCACCCUGCAGAAAUGUGGCCCCCCCUGCAGCGGAGUGUCCCUGAAGGGGCUCACCUUCACUGCCAACUUCAGCACGAUCCCAGGUGUGGAGCAGCAGCUGGAGGCACUGCGUGAGGUCUCCAAGUCAAACAUAAAGUCUGAUUUAGAGGAGGUUAACAAAACACUGGGCAUGACCCCUGACAAGGUGCAAGAGCAGUCCCAAGAAGUGGUGGCAAAGAGCCGGGACCAGCUGCUCCUCAUCAGGCAGGAGAUCAGGAACUUGCAGGGAAGGUUGCCACUCUGGGAUGUGGAGCAGAAAGUUGGGGCCUUUGUGAACAAUGCCACAUCCAUGCUGGAGAAGUACAGGGAGCCGAUUGUGGCCUGGGACGGGCUCAGGUUGAUCGUGUGUGCCCUCCUGUGCUGCACGGUGCUGCUGGUGGUCCUCUGCAACGUUUUUGGGCUGCUGCUGGGGCCCCUGGGGCUGAAGGAAGGUGUGCUGCCCACACAGCGAAGCAGCCUCUCCAAUGCUGGCGGGAACUUCUUCAUGGCAGGGGUUGGCUUCAGUUUCAUCUUCUACUGGCUGCUCAUGCUGCUGGUGAUGAUCAUCUUCGUGCUGGGGGGGAACAUUUACAUGCUCUUCUGUGAGUCCUGGCACAACCAGGAGCUCUUCCAGCUCCUGGACACCCCUGGCCAGAUCCCUAACUUCAAUCUCUCAGAGCUGCUGGGCCUGAAGGAUGACAUGACAAAUUUCUCAGAGAUAUACAGGCAGUGCCAGCAAGAUGCUCCCCUGUGGCAAACUCUGCACUUGGACCAGAGCGUGUCCCUGGAUGAGCUCUUGAAUAUCAGCCAGUAUGCAGGAGACAUCUCCACAGCUUUUGAGAAGAUGGACAUCACCCUAAGCCCCAUCUCCCUGAUCAACCAGAGCCAGACAGACCUGCUGCUGAGGGCCAGUCAGGCUGCACAGCCUCCCAACUUCACCCUCACCCUGGAGCAGCUGGAUCAGAAUAUGACCCAAGGAAGCCUCCUGGAUCUGGCUGCAGAGUUGGAGCAGCUGGUAAAAAAAGUGGGCACAGACGUGAAGAAGGACCUGGAAAAUAAUGCUGGUGAACUGAGGGAGCUGGAAAAGGAGAUGCAGGCGAGCUUCUCUGGGCCACUGCAAAGUCUGAAGGAGAACAUCCACUCAGUGCAGAGUGGGGCUGCCCAGCUGGAGGGACAGACAACAGCUGCGCUGGACAAAGCCAACAAAACCCAGGAGUUCCUGGAGAGGGAGAUGCCAAACAUCAUCAAGAACGAGACAUUGGCCUUCCUGGAGCAGCUGUUGGAUUUCUUUGAGACCUACAUUUCAUGGGCCAAGAGCAGGGUGACAGAAGAUGUGGCACGUUGCAAGCCCAUAGCUCAGUCCUUGGAUAAUGUGGAGGCCAUUGGCUGUGACUAUAUCAUGGACUCUGUGAAUGCCUUCUGGUUCAGCCUGGGCUGGUGCACCUUUUUCCUGCUGCCCAGCAUCAUCCUGUCUGUCAGACUUGCCAAGUUUUACCGCCGCAUGGAUACUGCUGAUGUGUACAGGAAUGAAGACUUUGAGAUGCCACCAACAUUCAACUCCUACAAAAUCCCCAGGCCUUCCACAAGGCAUUAGUUCCCAUCACCCACAGAUGGAGGAGGAAAUGGACAGACUCCCCCCCACUUGAAAAAUGUGACUAUUUAUUUUUGCAGGGAACCUGCCUCUUUCCAAGGCUGUAAUUUUUGAUGUCAAACAAUAAAUGGUGUGUUUGUGUGCA